CUAUUCAGAUAAAAAACAACGCCCCCUUCAAAAUCGCUUUUUCUAGGGUUUACACAGUGCAUCGCGGCUAAAAUCUAUUAACAUUGAGAUCAUCAACAUCAUCAUCUACCCAACAACUAUCACACUCACAAAGGUACUUCAAGAAUCGAAACCAAAAUCACAAUCACAAACCCCUUUGAUUCUCUUAGAUUGAGCUUCAGAACGUGAAGAGGGGAGUAGGUGAAGUACGAAUUUUGUUGGAAGGAAGUCAAACUGAAAUUGAUGUCAUUCAAAAAUAAGGCCCUUUGGGCUGAAAAGGACAAUGGAGGUUUACCUGAUGAUCAGGUAGCCUAUGACAAUCCUUCCAAAAUAGAAUCCAAGCGCCAAUAUAAUUGGCUUUUCGAUCCUACGGAAGCGGAUCUCUUUCCAAGUAAGAAGCAGGCUAUAGAUACAACAGACAGCAGAUCGUAUCCAGGAGUUAUGACUGCAAAUGUUCCUCCUUGGGAAAAUGGUACCAAUUUUGAACCAGGAACUGGCCAGCAAUUCAGUGACCGAGUGUUUGGUUCGGAACCUGCUAGGGAUGUCAGCUUUGAUGAAAGCAAUGUGCAUUCAACUGGUUCAGAUAACCUAAAUAUGGGAAGAAGUGUGGAGGAUCCAUUCAGAAAUGAUGCUUCUGUUGCUUUGUCCAUGUCCCAGGAUUAUAAUGCUUCUUCACUUAACUAUGGUGGAAUUAGAAGAGUUAAAAUUAACCAGGUACGAGACUCAGAAAGUGGUGUUUCUAUCUCCAUGGGACACAACUACCAGGUCAAUGAAUCUGGCGAUGGGAUGCCCUUCUCAAUGCUUCAUGCCUAUCUUCACAAGGAUGAUAGCAUCUCUGUGCCUCCACCUGAGAGUUAUCAGACGAAGGAGUCCAGCAAUGAUAUUCCUGUAUCCAUGUACCAUUCGAUGUCUCACUCCUUCAUUAAGGAGGACCAAAAUAUGAUAUCUUUCGGUGGGUAUCAGGAGGAGCCUGUCACAGGAACCUCAGACAGGCUUAUUAAUAACUACGACUUGAUGAUGGGUCAGCAUUCCUUAGUUGAACAACAAUCAGAUAUGAAGCCCGAGGAGAGCGGUUUGGUUGUUCCACAAGCCGAGACACUUCUAAAUAAUACCACCCAAAGCGGAACCAAAAAGUCAGGAAAUGAUACUAAGCCUAAAACGUCAAAGAAGGUAUCUCCUAAUAACAACAAUUUUCCUUCAAAUGUCCGAAGCUUGCUAUCCACUGGGAUGCUUGAUGGAGUACCAGUGAAAUAUAUAGCCUGGUCACAGCAGGAGCUGCACGGGAUUGUAAAAGGUUCAGGAUAUUUAUGCAGCUGUCAAUCAUGUGGUCUUUCUAAGGUACUCAAUGCUUUUGAGUUUGAGCGCCAUGCCAAUUGCAAAACUAAGCACCCUAAUAAUCAUAUAUUUUUCGAGAAUGGGAAGUCUAUUUAUGCAGUAGUGCAAGAGCUAAGGAGCACUCCUCAGAACUUGUUAUUUGAAGUGAUUCAAACCGUAACUGGUUCUCCUAUCAAUCAGAAGUCGUUCAAUCUUUGGAAAGAAUCAUAUCAAGCAGCGACUCGUGAGCUACAACGUAUUUAUGGAAAAGAUGAAAAGAACCAGGCUAUGCAAAAUGAAUAUGCUUAAUGCACUUGAUUCAGAUUGUAAUCUAGGGAAAAAUCUUUCAUUUUUGUUCUAGAAUUUCGUUUUGAUUUUUUCUUAACAAUUAUGCUAUGAUGUAUUUUCAAUAGAGAUCUCAAAUUGAUAUAAUAGAUUAAUGUUGAUAGUCAGUUUUGUA